GUGCCGUCAGUGAUGUGGAGAUGCAGGAGCACUACCACGAGUUCUUUUGAGGUGAGUCGGUAUUACCGCACUAUAAAUCCACUUGAAUGGAGUGGAUGAUGCAACUCUGGGUUGCCUUGCAUCUCUUCCCCCACCACACAGCCCAUGUAGGAGUUGAAGACAAAAUACUAACAACCUACUGAAACAGAAUAGAAAUACUGAAACCUUUUUACCCUGACCAUUUCUGGGAAAUGCACUUUGAAUUAAAGUAAACUUCAGACAUAAUAUAUUCCCCUUUCUUUCUGCCAAUCUAUCUCCCUUUGUUUCUCUUGCUGUAGGAGGUCUUCACAGAGAUGGAGGAGAAGUACGGAGAGGAGAAGUACGGAGAGGUGGAGGAGAUGAAUGUGUGCGACACCCAAGAUGGGAGACCAUCUGGUCUGAAAUGUGAAGGUGUGUCGCUGACCAUGUAAUUGUGUCUGUGAUGGUGGGUUUUGUGCAUGUUUGUUGAGGAACACACAUUCUCCUUCCAUUUAAUCACAAACACUCUGUCAUUGUCUCUGCCUCUUAAGAACCAAAUUUCGCGCACACACCAACUCUGUGAUGGUCUCUGUGUGUGGUUCCGUCGUGAGGAGGACGUGGAGAAGGCAGUGAUGAUCUGAAUAACCGCUGGUUCAACAUUCAACCCAUCCACGCCAAGCUCUCUCCCAUUACCGACUUCAGAGAAACCUGCUGCCGCCAGUACGAGAUGGGGUCAGUACUCCACCGCAGGACCACACACACACACCAUUUUCAGCUCAAGAUGGCAUUAGUGGUGAUUACAAAUACAUUGCAAUUCAAUGAGGUUAUUUCAAUUAAAUAAAUGCUAGAGCAAGGCUAAUUCCUACCAAUGGCAUCAAAUCCACACACCUUUAUCUCCGUUGCUCAGAUUAGAUUUCUUCAUAUGACAGAGUUCCUCAGUGCACUAACUGCAGUUCCCCCUUUCUCUACAGGGAGUGCACUCGAGGAGGCUUCUGUAACUUCAUGCACCUGAAACCCAUCUCCAGGGAGCUGAGGAGGGAGCUGUAUGGAUGCUGCAGGAAGAGGGCUAUGCUCAGGCUCUCUUGACAGUCAACGCUAAUCACAGAACUAAUGCUGUGUUCAAGUGCUCUCCGAAAUACACAUUUCUGACGCGCUAAGGUUUUUCAUGUGGGUUUAAGUGGGAAAGUUCAAAUGUUCUCUCUCUUCCUCCUCAGAGGGGGCCAUCGUUCUCGCUCCCGUUCCAGGGAACGUCGUUCGCGCUCAAGGGAUAAAGGCAGGGGAGGUGGAGGCGACCGCGAGAGAAGGCGUUCCAGAGACCGAGAACGCUCGGGAAGAUUCUAA